UCGCCUCCCGGCUGAGCCCGGGCCGGGGGAGCUGCCCACCGCCGCUGCCCACCGCCGCUGCCCAGCUCCGCUGCUGUCCAUCACCCCGCCUCGAGGAGUCCCUGCUCCGCAGCCACCGGCGCCGAGGGUCCCUCAGCCCUCGACUUCACCGGAGGGCUCGGCAGAGCCCGGUUCGCUUCCAGACUCAUCCCGGGCCACCCCAUCGAGGGGUCGCCGGCUCGGGACACCGCCGGGCCCCGCCGUUCGGUCGCUGAUCGCUGCCCCCGUGUCCCCCGGAGGAUGAAGAACCGACCGGCGCUGGCGGUGCUGCUGCUCCUGGCGCUGCCGCUCGCCCUCGCCCGCCGCGCCCCCGCCGCCCCGCCGGGCCCCGCGCUGGGGAUGCCCGUCCCGGAGCCGCUGCCGUGGAGCGCCCGCGGCAGCCCCGGGGCCGCCGCCGCCGCCGCCGCGCUGGAGCUGCUGCGGGAGGAGGGCGCCGGUCCCCCCGCGGCGCCGCAGAAGAGUAAGUCCCGCCCGGUGCCGGCGCCGGUGCCGGCGCCGGUCCCGGUGCCGCUGACGGCCGGUCUCUCCGCAGGAGACAUGCACGAUUUCUUCGUGGGGCUCAUGGGGAAGCGAGCAGCGGAGCCCGGGCGAGCGGCGGGGCGGGGAGGCGGCGGCCCGGUCCCCCGGUGCUCCCCGGGACCCCCCGCUCCCGGAGAAGCCCCGCUGCGGGCGGCCUGAGCGGCGGAACGAGCCGCCCACGGGGCUGUGCCCGGUGUCCCGGGGACGGUGGGACCGACUGCGGGAGCGUCCCGGGCUCCGGAGCCCACGGAGCCGUCGGGAGGGCGGCGGUCCCGCCCCACGCGCGCGUGUCCGUGCACCUGUGUACACCUGGCGUGCCCCGUUAUACACCCACCCGUG